AUGGAGACCUCGCAGCCGUCCCUGGUUGCUCCUCCAUCUCUUCCGCAAAACCCUUCCCUAUCGCCGUAUCUCGCUGCCUUAGCCCUCUCGUCCCCCGUCUUGUCCGUUAACGACGAAGACACUAAUGGCGAGGAUAGAUCCACGCUCCUGUCCCCUGCGGUUGCUUCUCCCGCUGCGCCGAACUUCCGCUGCCGCUUCCGCACGCCGCUGUUCGGCUGCGUGGCGCUAGACGCGGUGCAGCGGGAGGUGCGCGGACGGCGCGAGCUUGCGGAGCGGGGAGCGCUGCAGGCGCAGGGGGAGGGGGGGCGGAAGCAGCAGGAGGGGAAGCAAACGGCAGCGCAAGAAAAGCGGAGACUGGCGCAGGAAAAGGGAAAGGGGACGGGGAUAAACCAGCAGCGGCUGGGGGCGGAAUCAGCAGCGGAAGGGGAGGAGGCACCGCGCAUCAGCCACGAUCUCGCCAUGUUUGUCGGAGGCCCAAUCUGGGCCGUUGAUUGGUGCCCUCUCCCUCGUUACAGUCACACCCAGUACCUCGCCGUCGCCUCUCAUCCCCAUCUGCGCCCAUUCUCCCCCAUUGGCGUCCCCCUGUGCGGACCUGCGCUGGUGCAGGUGUGGGCGGUUAGACUGGCGGAGGGGGACGGGGAAGCGGAGGGGGAGGGCGGGGGGAAAGGGGAGGGGGAAGGGGAGGGGGAAGGAGAGGGCGGAGAGGAGGGGAGUUUGCCCUGGUGGAUGCUGGCGAGCGGAAGGGGCAGGGGGAGAGGCGGGCGGAGGGGGAGAGGGGCGGGGAGAGGUACGGGGAGAGGAGUAGAAAGCGGGAGAGGGAGAGGGAGGGGGCGAGGGAGGGGGAGGGGUAAGGGGAGGGGGAGGGGAAAGGGCGGGGAUGCCACGAGCGGAGAAGCAGGAGGUGUUGGGGAGAGGCAGGAAAGUGCCGGGGGGAGCAGUGUGGGAGUGAAAAGGAAAGCUGGGGAUGAGGCAGAGGAGGAAGAGGAGGAGAAGGAGAAAGAGGGGAAGGAGGAGGUGGGGGAGGAGGGAGAGAAGAAGGGGCAGAGGGGAGGAGCAAGAGAGCAGGAGGGCCUCAGGCGCAGAUGGUGCUGGGGAUUGCACACCAAGGCGGACUCACUCGCUGUGCCAGGUGGCGGCCACUGGUUGGUGGGCGAGACAGCAGGGCAGGUCAAGGAGGAGAGGAGAGUCUUGGGUUGCUGGCGGCUGCCUUGGGAGAUGGCACAGUUGCAGUAUGCCACCACCUUUCGUGCUCCUCUCGCUGCCCCUCCCCUGCCUUCUGUAUCUCCCCACGGCAGCUAUCACGUGCCACUGCCACAGCAGGACAGCAGCCGGUGGCAAGGCAUUAAACAGCAGCACCAAAAGCAGCACGAGCAGCAGCAGAAGCAGCAGCAGCAGCAGCAGCAGCAGCAGCAGCAGCAGCACAAUCACGAGGCGCCAUGGCUCCUCCAACCGGCUCCCCACGGCCCUCUGCUCGCUCUGCAACCCGUCUUCCACUGGCAGUCCAACCCAGCCCAUGGCCCCACCAGGCUCCCCUGCGAGCUCGCGUGGAAGGUGGAUUCAGCCUCUCCUGCCGCCUCUCCUGCCGCCUCUCCUGCCGCCUCUCCUGCCGCCUCUCCUGCCGCCUCUCCUGCCGCCUCUCCUGCCGCCUCUCCUGCCUCCUCUCCUGCCUCCUCUCCUGCCACAUCAUGCUCCCCACAUCGCGCCACCGACCUCCUUGCUGCCGGCUUCCAGGAUGGUUCCGUUCUUGUGUGGCGGCUGCAGCUUGAUCACCUUGUAGCCAAUACACCAGUAAUACCACCAGCACCAACAGCAGCACAGGCACCCUCAGGACCCAAGGCACAGCCACCACUGGCACUGGCACCCGCUGCACCACCGCCAUUCUCACACAACCCCAACCCCAUCCUGUCCUUCCCCUCUCCUCAGGUGCUCGUGUGGCGACUGCAGCUUGAUCACCUCAUAUUCAACACUCCAGUAAUGGCAUCAGGAUCCAAGGCACAGCCACCACCACUGGCACUGGCACCCGCUGCACCACCGCCAUUCUCACACAACCCCAUCCUGUCCUUCCGUGCGGAUUCAGCUCUCAUCCGCUCCCUCGCCUGGCUGCCCACGCCCCUGCCACCUAAACCCCCUUCACUGACUGCUGUUGCGAGGACAGGGAGAAAGGGGAUGAGGGACGGGCAGGAGGCGAGGAACGGUAAGCAUUGGGGGAAGGGGAAGGAGGAGGAGGACUUGGAAGAGGAGGACGAGGAGGGGGAGGAGGGAGAACAGGAUACGGAUGGAAAAGGGGAAGAGGAGGAGGAUUUGGGUUCUGGAGGAGAGGAUGAGGGUGGAGAGGCGGCGGUGGAUGAAGGGGAGGAGAGCACGGUGCUGAUUGUGGGCAGCCAGUCUGGCAUCCUCAAGUUCUGGGACCUCAGGUGCCUGGUGAUUGCCAUGGAGGAGAUCGUUGCGAGUCAUUGCGAUGCGCUGCUCCUCGCUCUCACAGUUUUUCGCUGGCACCCCAGGAGUCGUCUCACCUCUCAGUUGUUCCUCCUCUUAUCGUUCUCUCGAUGCCUCCUCCCAUGGCAUGGCAGGGCCCUGGUGAUUGCCAUGGAGGAUGGGUUCCUGCGAGGCAUUGCCGUGCGCUCCUCCUCACUCUUACACCUCAGAAGUCAUCCCACUUCUCAUCUUCCUGCCUUUCUCGUUCUCCCAUGGCACGGCAGCGCCCUGGUGAUUGCCAUGGAGGAUGGGUCCCUGCGAGUUCUCGCCAUGCGCUCCUCGCUCUCGCACCACCCAGCGCUGCCCUUCCCCCUCAGCCAGCAGCAGCAGCAGCAGCAGCAGGGAAGGCAGGAGCACAAGGAGGAGAAGAAUCGGUACAACCGGCGCUGGGUUGUGUCGACGCUCUCCCUCAGCACCGCUGCAGUGUGGGGCGCCUCUGCCUCUGAUGCCACAGGAUGCGUGGCGUUCAGUGGUGCAGAUGGGUCCAUUCGAUGCGUUCAGGUAAGAGGCUGA